GUAAAAAUGGCUCUUUCAACUAGUGCUAAUUUCAUUAAAUAUUUGUUAUUCUUAUUUAACUUUUUCUUCGCGAUCACGGGCGUAAUUAUAAUGGCCGUGGGUUUGACGGUUCAAGGAGCGUAUCACAAUUUCCGGGACAUUCUCGAUGCAAAAUUUUUCAGCAUUCCCACCUUCCUGGUGGUGAUCGGAUCGUUCAUCUUUGUGAUUGCCUUUUUCGGGUGCUGUGGCGCUUAUAAGGAAAAUUAUUGCAUGACCCUUACGUUUUCGGUCCUGUUGAUUUUGAUUUUCAUCCUUGAACUGGCGGCUGGAAUCAGCGGAUAUGUGCUGCGCAAUGACACCAGGGAGCUCGUUAGCAAUGCGCUUAACUCUUCGAUGAAGAGCUAUGGUGGAGAUAAUGGUGGUGAUAUUACAUUGAUUUGGGACGAGAUUCAGGUCGACUUCGAUUGCUGCGGAGUUUAUAACAGCUCGGAUUGGUCGCGUGCAAAUCCAGCAAAGUUUAAUGAAACAUUCCUUCCGAUGACCUGCUGUCGGAAACAGACGGGUGCCGUUGGAUACGUAUCUUGUCCGGAUCCGAACAGUGCUACUCUGCGCAAAACUGGAUGUAUCGAUUCUUUCGGUGACUUCAUCAAGGCGCACGCUGUAAGCCUAGGGGCUGCCGGUAUAGCACUGGCUGUUAUUCAGUUCUUUGGUAUUCUUUUUGCUUGUUAUCUGGCGAAACAAAUCAAGGUGCAAGGUGUAAGUAGUACCUAUUAG